UGUGUGCUGUCUCAUCACUCCCUGCUCAUCAGUACCAUUUGGUUUAUGAACAAAUGAACAUGACUGAAGCUCAGAGCUACUGCAGAGAAAAAUACACAGACCUGGCCACUAUAGACAACAUGGAGGACGUGAACCUCUUGACCUCCAUGGCAGAUUUAAGCAGAAUGGUCUACCCAACAUACAGCUAUCGAGCCUGGAUAGGUCUGUACGACGAUGUGAACAGCUGGAGGUGGUCGCUGUCAGACAGAAGUUUCUACACACAGGAGGAGGCUGAGUUCAGGAACUGGUACUCUGGAGAACCAGACAAUUACAAUAGUAGAGAACACUGUGCAUGGAUCACCAAUGAUGGACAGUGGAAUGAUGUUUUUUGUGAUGUUCUCCGUACAGCAGUCUGCAUGGAUGUCAGAGGGUCAAAUGUCACAUUUGUCUUCAUCAGCAAAACAAUGACAUGGACUGAAGCUCAGAGCUACUGCAGAGCAAACCACACAGACCUGGCCAGUGUGAGAAACAUGGAGGAAAACCAGAAGGUAACAGAGCUGCUACCUUCAGGACAAAGUGUCUGGAUCGGCCUUUUCAGAGACUCCUGGAAGUGGUCGGAUGGAAGUAACUCCUCAUUUAGGUACUGGAAUGAGGUUGAACCUAAUGGGAACACGGAGAACUGUGUGGCAGCAGACUUCAGUGGCUCUGGAAAAUGGGAGGACUGGACCUGUGGUCAGAGGAAAGCAUUUAUUUGCUACAUUGCAAAGAAAACAAAGAAAGUGGUGAGAGUGAGGCUCAUGAAGAAAAGCUCCUCUCUGGAUCUGAAUGACCCUCCUGUGAUGGAAGACAUCUUGAGGGAGCUCAAACAGAAGCUGAAGGACGAGGGAGUGGACGGAGACGUCAAACUGAGCUGGAGGAAGCAGUCGGAUGGAAAGGUCUUCCACAAGGAAAAGGAGACUGAGAAGAAAACCACUAAGAAAAGAGAUGAACUUUAAUGUUUGAAUUCUGUCAGUUUCCAUUUCCAUUCUCUUCAUCUGGUAAAAGAGUAAUGUUUUAUCAGAACAUAUUUAGCUGUUUUCUUUCGAGAAUUUGCAUGAUGAUCUUGAAUUAUACAGAUAAUUUUCAUAUGUCCUAUUUCUGACCUUACCUUAUUAGUAAUAUAUGUUGUAAAAGUCAUCGUGCGAUUGUGAUUGUGUAGGUGAGUAGUGCUUUGAGCUAAAUGGUAAUAUCAAUAUUUUAAUUAAUAGGUAAA